UCGUACCCCAUAACCACAUCAGCCCAUGUUCCUGCCCCACAGCCCCGUGAUUCCAUAGUCAGCUUCGUGGCUCUGUGCCCCACAGCCACACAGCCUUCCCUUCCUCCAUCCUCAUCCUCAUCGCUUUGGGAAUGCUACGAGCCCAUAUCCUGCCCAUAAUCCCAUAUCCUGACCCAUAACAGGAAAUCUUACCCCAUGUCCUGCCCCAUGGAUCCAUAUCCUGCUCCAUAGCUUUAUGUCCCACAGCCCUGGAACCUUUCUCCUGCUGCACUCAUACUCAUGUCUUUGGGACUACGAGGACCAUAUAUAUCUUCCCGCAGCCCCAUAUCACAUUUCACAGCCCCAUAACUCUCCCUCUUGCCCCAUAUCAUGCCCCGUAGCUCCACAUCCAACCCCAUAUCCUCAUUUCCAGUCCCAUAUCCCCAGAAAAUGACAAAUCACCCCACGGUCUGAUCUGUGCCCCCUAUCCUUGCCUCAUAGCCCACUGACUCCAUACUCCAACACAUAGCUCUGGUAUCAUCCCUUGUAUCCCUCCUAUAGUCCCAGUUUGAUAUCUUGUCCCAUUCCAGUAUGACCCCAUAGCCUGCCCUACCGCUCUGUGCCCUUUGUCCCACAGCCUUCCUCUCGCCAUGCUCGUCUUAGCCAUCCACGUGCUGACCUUUGCUGUGGGUUUUCCUGCCAACAUCUUCACCCUCCUCACCCUCCUCAUCAAAAUCCGAUGCCACCGUCCUCAUCCCCACCUCACCGCUGCCGACCUCCUCCUCCUCCACCUCACCACCGCCGACCUCCUUGUCCUCCUCUUCCUCCCAUUCAAGAUGGCUGAAGAGGCAGCCAUGAUGGCGUGGCCCUUCCCCAGAGUGCUCUGCCCCAUUGCAAACUUCUGCUUCUACUCCAGCAUCUACCUCAGCACUCUCUUUAUAGCUGCCCUCAGUGUGGAGCGCUACGUUGGGGUCGUGUUCCCACACCGCUACAACCGGCGCCGGAGGUUAUGGCGGAUGAUGGCUGCCAGCGCCGUCCUUUGGGUGAUGGCAUUGUCCCUUUGUUCCUUCGUCUUUGUAGCGGAGCAUCACAGAGAGUUUGGGGUCAAUGGCUCUGAGGCUGAUGGGGAAGGUGGUUUAGGCUUCAAUGGGAAAAAGACCUGGGGAUCGGUGAUGGACAACCCCAAUCACAUUGACCACGUUGGGCUGAAGACGGACAACUCCCAUUGUUCCGGGACCAGUCGGUCUGACCUUGGGGGAUUUGAGUUAACCAAACCUAACGGCAUUGACACCGAUGUCCCCAGUACUUCUACUGCUGACAUCACUCCCAGUGGCUCCAAGGUCCCCAGUCUCAACAUCUACAGGAUCUCCAACCUCAAGGCCGACCACAACAUCUCCACCCUCCAAUUCUCUGCCUGCACAACCCCAAAAACUCCCCACAUCCCCACCACCACCUCAUGGAACUCUCAGAACGCCUCUGAGACUCAACCCCACAUGGUCUACCACUGCUACGAUGACUUCUCCCCAACCCAGCUGCGCUUUGUUGUCCCGCUGCGCCUUGUACUCUUCCUCGUCCUC